AAGGCUCCCUCCGGGAUGGGAGCAAAGGCAGAGGCUGCUGCAUCUGUGGAGGGUCUCCAUCCUCCAGGUUGUCCCAAAGGCGCUUUUUCCGAAGGGCAACAGGACUUUCUUGGGGAUUUUUCCCCCCUUUCGCUUCUCAUCCAAGAACUGAAUGAGUUGAAUGAGAAGCAAAACCUUUUCAAAGAAAACCAAAGCAGAAAACCUUCUGCAAAAGCCCCUUUGGGGCAAAGCUGCCUCGGAGCUCCGAGCGAAGGUGGGUCGAGCGAUUCCCGCUUCUGUGCCCCACCUGGGAGGGGAAAGGCGGCCGGGAGGACCGAGCCCCCCCCCCCUCGGCACCUGGGACCGGCGCGCACCUUGGCACAGCCACAGGGAGGCGUGGCGGCUUCCCGGAACGGCCGGCCCCGUCCUGCAAGGGGGAAGCGCAGGCCGGGCUCCGCGGGGCGACGCUGCACGGCCCGAGAGCCCCUCCCUCUCCCUUCCCAGGCCUCCCCCGCCCCAGUCCAGCGCAGUGGUUCCUCCCCGCGCAUGCCAGUUGCUCCUCCGGAGAAGGGAGCAGCCCUUUUCGCCAUGAGCGCCGAGGACGAGCAGAAGCGGCGCUUGAUCCGCGAACGGAUUCGGGAUUUCCCGGACUUUCCGUCGGCCGGGGUCCUUUUCCGGGACAUCAGCCCCAUGUUGAAGGACCCCGUGGCAUUCAAAGCUGCGAUCGACCUGCUGGAAUCCUACAUCCGGGCCUCCCACAAGAACAUUGACUACAUUGCAGGCCUCGAUUCCCGCGGCUUCCUCUUUGGGCCAGUUUUGGCCCAGAGGUUGGGGGUUGGAUUCCUGCUCAUCCGCAAGAAAGGGAAGCUCCCGGGAGCCACUGAAUCCAUCUCCUACGCACUGGAAUAUGGCAAGGCGGAACUGGAAGUCCAGAAGGACGCGGUGGAGCCAGGACAGAAAGUCAUCAUAGUGGACGAUCUGCUGGCAACGGGAGGUACCAUGCGAGCCGCCUGCGAGCUGAUGACAAAGCUGCAGGCUAACAUCUUAGACUGCCUGGUGCUCAUUGAGCUCUCCUUCCUCAAAGGUGUAGAGGCCCUGAAGCCUUUUCCCCUCUACUCACUCUUGCAAUACCACUGAUGCCUUGGGUUAGUCCUCCCGUCGUCGGCUCCAUCCUCCAAUUUCCCAGUCCUGAACUUCCCAAGGGAGGGGGGAACUGCAUGCUGACCAAACCUUAAGCAAUCCGGAAAGUGCUGGGAGUAGUUCCUUACGAUUUGAAACCUGAACCAAGGGCAGCCAAAGAUCUUUGGCAAUAGAGCCGCACUGUUUGUAGCUGGGGCACGUGUGGAUCUGUUCCAAGGAAGGAUGAUGUGGGCUCUGAUGCUCAUCUCAAAUGCAUCAGUGUUCCCUGCCAGAAGCUAGAGGGAAAUAAGAUGGGCCCACUGCCUCCAGAGCGCCAGAUUGCUGGGUGGGUCUUAAGCAACCCAACUGCAAAACCAUUUGACUUCACUCUUAAUCCCACUCACGGAGCUCAGUCCUGCGAAUGUUCCUGGCAAUCCCACUUUGAUAAGGCCAGCUGGAGUAGAAGCUGUACAUGUCCGCCUGCAUAGUUUGGAUUACUUGUUGGGCAAGGAUGUGCUUUUUCCUAGCUGCCCUGCAAGGGGAGAGUUCUGUUUUGUGACUAGAGGGCUCCUUAUCUUGCUACCCUAGAAAUCACUGGAAGGACGGACGCCUGUAAAACUAUUUGCUAUUAAAGACACGCUGCUCUUG